UCAGUUGGACUAAAAAUGGUUUUUAGUAUGCUUCCACAUGAGACAGCAAAGGAAAUGGAGAAGUGUAACUAGGAAAAAGCAAUGUCAUGAAAAGAGAAAAAGGGCUUCUGAAGCAUCAUGCUGCCAAUUAUAUGUGUCUGUGGAUGCACAUAUAUUAUGUGUAUAUGUAUCAAAGAAAAUAAGGACAGAAAUUGCCGCUGCAUUUGGGAGUUAGGAGGAUUGGAAUAGCUAUAAGUCAAAGAUUGAUUUUUUUUCUAUAAUAAUUUACUUUUGCUACAGAAUCCUAAAAACCGGGAUGCCAUUGGUUAGGAGAUAUUGCUGGAAAACGUACACAGUUCUAUUGCCUUUAUGGGAUGGUAAGAAAAACAAUAAUAAAAAAGCCAAAAUGUAUAUAGAACUUCAAAGUUUGUAAAGCACUUUCCUCCCAACAAGCCUGUUAAGUAGGCUUCAUUAUCCUUAUUGUACAGAUGAAGAAACAGAGAUGCUAAGAAGUUAAGGGACUUAGCCAAGGGUCAUAUGACUAAUGUGUCAGGUGGGCCUCUAACCCGGGUCUCCUGCAGUCUUACAACUGUGCCGAGCUCUCCUGUGCCCUGGGAGAGUGGGAGCAUGUCAGACAAUAUUUCAGAAUUCAGGUGCUUAGGUUGACCAAGAGGGAAGGCUUCCGAAGAGGUCACUUUCAGCUGAGGGAAUGAGGAAGUUUUCGUAAAGGAGGAAGCACCUAAAUUGACCUUUGAAAGCAGAAAUGAAGAGGUAAUUAAUGCCUUUACAGGAAUAGAGGUUGGUUCUUGCAAAUGUAGAGAGGCAGGAGAAUGUGAGGUAGGAUGUCUGCAGUGUCUUGGAGUACUAAGAUAGAGACAAGGAGAAAGUCUUUUCUCCUCCCUCCUCUUCCCUUUAAUCCCAUAACUAUUCUAUUUAGCAUUGUUUAUAAUUUAAGGUUUUCGGGGACUGCAGUUUCUGCUACAGGGAGGGAAUAGGGCGGUUGUUUGAAAUGCCAUCUUUCCCUCAAGCUAUAGAUAGCCAGACCAAAGCUCCUUACUUGAGAAACCUCAUACUUUCCAUAAAGACUUCUCCCUCCCCCUCCCUCUCCAAGGGAUUUAGUGCAAAUCCCCCCAGAGGUUAACACCAGCAUUGGCCGGCAACCCUUUCCCCCAAACCUGCCAGCUCACCAUCAGACAUAACUGCCAGCCCUGUCCUCAUCCUUCAACACCUUCCUUCUUUCCCUUGGGGAGCACACUCCAGUCCUGGAGCCAUGGUCGACAUGGGGGGCCUAGACAACCUUAUUGCAAAUACAGCUUAUCUGCAAGCCCGUGAUGGAGACACCAAGGACAUGCAGAAACGGCGACGCAGCCUGGCACUGCCAGCCCCCGAGCGUUGUGCAGAACUUCGUCAAGCCUUGCCCGCUCACUUUGAGAGUUUGUGUGAGCAGCAGCCCAUCGGCCGCCGUCUCUUCCAUGACUUCUUGGCCACCGUGCCUGCCUACAAAGAGGCUGUGGACUUCCUCGCCGACGUGUCUCGCUGGGAACUAGCUGAAGAGGAUAGUACCAAGGACAGCACUCUGAGGAGGCUGGUGAAUGCUUGUGCACAGGCCGGCACCCCCACGGGCCCGCUCCCCUUCCUCAGCCCAGCUCUGGCCGCCAAGUGUCAGGGUGCCUCCGAGAAGGAGCACACAUCCCUAGUGGAGCUGGCCAAGGCUGAGACGAUGGCCUUCCUUCAGGAUGAGCCUUUCCGGGACUUCCAAGCUAGCCCCUUCUUUGACAGGUUUUUGCAGUGGAAAGCCUUUGAACGGCAGCCAGUAACAGAAAAAUAUUUCGAUGAGUUCCGAGUGCUGGGGAAAGGGGGUUUCGGGGAGGUGUGUGCCAUUCAAGUGAAAAAUACUGGCAAAAUGUAUGCCUGUAAGAAGUUGGACAAGAAACGGCUAAAGAAGAAAAAGGGGGAGCAGAUGGCUCUUCUAGAGAAGGAAAUCUUGGAGAAAGUCAACAGCCCUUUCAUCGUGACGCUGGCCUAUGCCUUUGAGAGUAAGGCCCACCUGUGCCUGGUCAUGAGCCUGAUGAAUGGUGGGGACCUCAAGUACCACAUCUACCAUGUAGGCGAGCGGGGCCUGGAGAUCACCAGGAUCAUCUUCUACUCUGCACAGAUCACUUGUGGAAUAUUGCACCUCCACUCCAUUGGCAUUGUCUACCGGGACAUGAAGCCUGAGAAUGUCCUUCUGGAUGACCGGGGCAACUGUCGGCUGUCUGACCUGGGACUGGCUGUCCAGAUCAAAGACGGCAAGCCCAUCACCCAGAGGGCUGGAACCAAUGGUUACAUGGCUCCAGAAAUCCUGAAAGAAGAAGAAAGUUAUUCCUAUCCUGUGGACUGGUUUGCAGUGGGGUGUAGUAUUUAUGAAAUGGUAGCUGGGCGAACACCAUUCAAAGAUUACAAGGAAAAGAUCAGCAAAGAAGAUUUAAAGCAGAGAACCUUGAAACAAGAAGUCAAAUUCCAACACCCAGGCUUCACAGAAGAAGCGAAAGACAUAUGUCGUCUCUUCCUGGCCAAGAAAGCGGAACAACGCUUAGGAAGCAGAGACGAAGGGGAUGAUCCCAGGAAACAUACUUUCUUCAGAACAAUCAACUUCCCCCGACUGGAGGCUGGCCUCAUCGAACCCCCCUUCACGCCGGACCCCAAUGUGGUGUAUGCCAAAGACAUCGCUGAUAUUGAAGAUUUCUCUGAGGUCAAGGGCGUCGAAUUUGAUGAAAAAGAUAGAAAGUUCUUUAAAAAAUUUGCAACAGGUGCUGUUCCUAUAGCUUGGCAAGAAGAAAUUAUAGAAACAGGACUCUUUGAAGAACUCAAUGACCCCAACAGAUUAUCAGGCUGUGUAAAUGGCAGCACAGCCAAGUCUGGGGUGUGUAUGUUACUGUGAGCCUCGACCUGAUUCUGGAACACUUCAAACACUUGGAAAAUCUCUAGGAUAGGGUUUGAUCAAUCAGAAGCAUUUCACAGAUUGUGAAGCUGGACUAACAGUAAGGUUCCAUUUAUAAAUGACUUUGAGGUCUGCAUAACGCUUCCUAGCAACCUGCAAGGUGGUUAGAGCAUCUCCAAUAGUCAUAUCUUACAGAUAUCUGAGAGUUUCAGCAAUUUGUCCAUAGUGAUAUAGCCAAUAGUGUCUGAGGCAUAAUUAGAACCCAGGUCUUCUGAAUCCAAGGCUAGCACUCAUAGCCUCAUAGGACCCUUCAUUUUACAGAUGAGGAAAGGAGGCCGAACCCAAGUUACAAAGUGCUUAGUACAGUGCCUGGCACAUAGUAGGCACUAUAUAAAUGCUUUUUUCCCUUCCUCCACUAAAUAGAUUACAUUUUUUUUUUUAUUUUGGGUUCACAAAGUCAGAUGAUGUGUCGAUUUUUAGUGAAGACUAGGAAAAGGAACACUUGGGUUUAUUUUGAUAAGCCAAAAGUAUGAGCAGUCCACCGUCAUGUCCCUAUGAAUUACGCAAAGUCCCUGAGACAGAGAAUGGAACUUUGUGGUGUGUUCUGAAAAUGACCAUUUGCAAUUCUUGGUAAACAAUCAUUUUUAUUUUGUUUCCAUGCUUCAUCUUUCACUUUUUCUUAUUCUGGGUAGUUUAAAUAAAAGAUUUUAAAGGAGGAAAAAUUCUUGACUUUGCCUUUUAAAAAGAGAAAUUACAACUUUUUGAUAAUAUUACAGAUUAUAGAAUACUUGUCAAUUGCAUUAAUAGAUCUCUUUAAAAUCCUUUAAAUAAUUAACUAUUUUAACUUAAAAUUCUCUUAAAGGCAAAAGUGUUUUCAUCCAGUAGGUCUGUGGAUUGAGCAAAUAUUAAGAGAUUGAAUUUUUCCACCAAAAGCAAAUCCAGCUCCUAUAUCAUGUAAUAAUAAGAAAAAUAGCAGCUAAUAUUUACGUAGUGCCUCCUAUGUGCCGAGCACCGUGCUAGGAACGUUACAAUUACCUCAUUUGAUCCUCACAACAACCCUAGGAGGUGAGGCAUGUAAUCCAGUGUUUUGGUUACUUAAUUAAAUCUUCAGUCUGGAAUUUAGACCUUGAAUUCUGAAUUUCUAAAAGAGUUUUGUUUUAAAUAAUUAUAGGCCAAGUGCAAAUGAACAUAAUUGAUAUGUUUCUAGUACAGUCUCUUUCCCGUGAACAUUUUCCCAGUGAAGUGACUUCUGUGAUUUUGAGAGGGUAAAAAAGAAAUGGAGGAGCUUGGAAUCUGACCACAUAGGAUCAUGAAUCAAAUGGUAAAUGAUAGUUCUCAGUGCAUUAUGCACACACUCAUAGCAUUGUAUGGCGCAAACUCCAUGCUUUAAAUUAAAUAUUUUUGGACUCAAAUCAAGAUCUGGGGAGACAGAGAAAAUGUGUCCACACACACAAACAUACACCCACACACACAGAUUUUUUCUAGAAAUCCCAGAAUUAUGAGAACAGACCAAAGAAAUUUUUUUUAAGCUUGACCCUGUUUAAGACUUUCAAAAAAUACAGCUUUAGAAUCUUGAUUAACUUAAACCCAACUAACAGAACCUUAAUAAUGUCCUUUUUUCACACUCAAUCUUUAGGGAAAAGAGGCAAAUGACAAGAAACCGCCUACCCCUAUUGGGUAUGUAACAAAAAAAAAAAAA